GGUGGCACGGCCGGGCAGAGGAUUCCCGUCCACAACCGAUGGAAAGAUGCCCGGCAGUGGCCGGGGCGCAGCGGGAGCCACAAGCCGAGAACGACGUCUGCCGGGCUGGCAGCCGCUCUGCCUGGACAUGAGGACCUCGCUCGCAGCCCGGGGCUGAGCCCCCGCCGCGGCGCCGCCAUGGUGCUCCCCUACGCCCGCAACAGCGGCGGCGCCGGCGGCUGGCCGCCCCCCGAGGAGCCCCGCGGCCGCAGCAACUCCAUCCCCCCGGCGCAGACCCCCACGGCCAAGCACAUGCUGGCCUACCUGCCCCGGCCGCCCACCGACACCAGCCGCUACGGCACCUUCCCGCAGAAGCCCGACCUCCCGCCCGCCCCCGGGGCUCUGCUGGAGGACGGCGGGCAGAAAGCCGCCGCCACCGCUGCCAAGAGCGGCGCCCCGAUGCCAAACUACCCAUCCGCACCCCGUCACAGCGGCUUUGUCCCCGGCGAGCCGUCCCUGCCGCCGAGCCGCGGGAGCCUGACCACCCAGCACCACCGUGGCCGGCCGUCCUGGUGCCCAGCGCCCGCCCCACAAGAGGCAGGCGCCCGCUUCUAUCCGCUGCACGCCCUGAGCGUGGCCAACAUCCCCAACUCGUCCCGCGGCAAGAGCUCCGCCCGCAGCUCCACCAUCCCCACCCCGGAGGGGCUGCAGAGCCGGCGCUGCAAGCUGCUGGAGGAGGACAGCCCCAUGGCCCAGGCGGGCAAGCGGCAGCGGCAGCGCUACGUGACAAAAAUGGGCAAGUGCCAGGUGAACCUGGGCAACAUCCAGGACAAGAAGAGGUUCCUCUCAGACAUCUUCACCACCAUCGUGGACCUCAAGUACCGCUGGUUCCUCUUCGUCUUCAUGAUGUGCUACAUCAUCACCUGGUUGGUGUUCGGCUUCAUCUACUUCCUGGACGCCUGGGUGCGCGGGGACGUGGGGCACCGGGGCGAUCCCGAGUGGCGGGCGUGCAUCGAGAACGUGGACGGCUUCGUGUCCGCCUUGCUCCUCUCGGUGGAAAGCCAGCGCACCAUCGGCUACGGCACGCGGAUGGUGACGGCCAACUGCGCCGAGGGCGUCAUCCUGCUGAUGGCACAGUCCAUCGUGGGCUCCAUGAUCGACGCCAUGAUGGUCGGCUGCAUGUUCGUCAAGAUCUCCCGGCCCAAGAAGCGUGCCCAGACCCUCAUCUUCAGCAAGAACUGCGUCAUCUCCCUCCGGGACGAGAAGCUCUGCCUGAUGUUCCGCGUGGGGGACCUGCGGGAAAGCCACAUGGUGGAUGCCAAGAUCCGGGCAAAGCUGAUCAAGUCCCGCCAGACGGCCGAGGGGGAGUUCAUCCCCCUGGAGCAGUCGGAACUGAACCUGGGCUAUGACACGGGGGAGGACCGUCUGUUCCUGGUGGAGCCCCAGAUCAUCUGCCACGUCAUCAACCGUCACAGCCCUUUCUGGGACAUGUCGGCCGAGUCGCUGCGCCGGGAGCAGUUUGAAAUCAUCAUCAUCCUCGAGGGCAUCGUGGAAGCCACAGGAAUGACGUGCCAAGCCCGCACCUCCUACACGGAGGACGAGAUCCUCUGGGGAUACCGCUUCGAGCCCUGCAUGUCCCUGGAGAAAGGCGCCUUCCAGGUGGACUACAGCCGCUUCGAGAUGACCUUCGAGGUGCAGACGCCAGCGGCCAGCGCCAGGGAGCUGCACGAGCUGAAGGAGCUGGAGCAGCAGGAGCACUCCACGCUCAGCCUCUACUGGGACCACCUGCUGCAGCCCUGCGCGCUGCCGGGGCCCGGCGAGGACGCGCUGCCGGCGAUGAGCGUCCCUGGCAGCGCGGCUGAGGGCGGCCGGGACGAGCCCCCGCAGCGGGAAUGCCCUGCCUGAGCCGCCCCGGUGCCCCCGCCAACAGUGCCAUAGCCCGCCCUGCUCGGGGGCGAGCCCCGGCCCCGCUCCCCCAGCUGCAGCCGCAGGGCGCUCUUUUGAUAAGUUGCUCUUUUGUAACGAGGAAGAGGAGGCAGUGGGCGAGUAAAGGCUGUUCGUGACAAAACCACCCCGCCGUCGGCCGCGUUCAUUCUGGGGGAGCCCAGGGGGGGCUGGGCACAGAAGAGGCAGAGCCCGGAGCCCCCCGGUGCCAGGGGCUCAGUCCCGCACCACCGCACGGACCCCGACAUAGCCCCGUGCCCCCCAACACCCCAAAGUGCCCCCACUCCCUGUGUGACAGGGCGCCCCAGGACUCCCCCAGCAGGGAAGCGUUGCGCUGAGCUGGUGCUGGAGAGGCAGGGCACGGUGUGGGAGAAUUGGAUUAAUAUUGCUACAGGAAUGGCAGCACUGGGGUCACCGGCAGCACUUGGCAGGGCAGAGCCCGGGCCUGAGCCACGGGCCCGGACUGAAAAAAACAUCAAUAAAAUCUGUGUGUGCAGGGUCUGGCUGGGCGAGGAGCCUGCCUGUAGUCCCCAGUCAGCUUUGCCUGGGGGGUUGCAGAAUAACCCCUUGGAUUCAACCCCUUUUGUCCACCUUUGCUUUUCCUCUACCAGCUGGCCUUUGCAUCUCCCCAGAGUCUUGGGCAGGGUAUUUUCUGACCUCACCUCAAGCCUGUGGUGCCCAGAAGGGUGCGAGGGCAGGGAUGGGGCCAAGGUCAGCGCAGCACAGAAGGGUGCAGGGGGUGUAACACAAACAUGCACAUCGGCGUCCCUACCCACACUCCUGCUGCCCCCCAUCCCCUGCAAACGUGGAACUCCCUGCACUAGAAAAAGGUACAAAACAAAAAAGGGCUGCGAACAAGUGUUUGUAGGUGCAAAGUU